AUACACUGUUAGGAACGUUUUGAGAAAGAGUCAUCUUUGCCCAUGAACACAGAUUAAAGUCAUCAAAAGACGGUUCUGGCACGUAUUUUGGACGAGUCCAUAUUCACAAGAGUCAACGGAAACAUAACAGUUUGAUAAAGAUAUUGAAGACGUCAGGGCGCACUUCAAGACAAUUCAAGAUGCUACCUGUUUCAGAGUUGCUGUUUCUGAUGGUAUUGGGCAUCUCUUUAGGCGAUGAAAACAAUGAGUGCAUUCAAGAACGAAUGUCAGUAAUCAAUCCUACUUACUUGGAACAAAAACUCGGUCGUCUCCAGUCCGAAAUUCAGGAACUAAAAUCUAAGCUUGAAAACCGCGUACUGUUUACAAGAUGGGGAAGGAAAGAUUGUCCUCAAGGUAUUUCAAACCUGGUGUACGCCGGUUACGCCGGCGGUUCGCAUUAUUCACACAAAGGAGGCGCUGCUGAAUAUGUAUGUCUUCCACCAGAUCCAACAUGGGGUCCAUUUAAAUAUCUAGAACACAGUUCUGUUGGUUAUAUGUACGGGGCUGAGUACGAGUAUCCGCAUGAGAUGUUUGGAGUAUCGAAUACUAAGGAGGACAUUCCGUGUGCUGUAUGUGAGGGUACGACCCAUUCGGUGGUCCUCAUGAUUCCUGGAAGGGUCAAUUGUUACCCUAACUGGGUGGAGGCAUACCAUGGGAACUUGGUAUCCGGUUACCAUGAUCACGAAGCUGCCAGUCAAUAUAUAUGUAUGGAUGGAGAACCGCAGACGGUUCCCGGAGGUGGAGCCGUAAACGAUGACGGUAAACUGUUGUAUGGAGUUAAAACAGUGUGCGGAUCUCUGCCAUGUCCGCCGUACGAAAAUGACAAAUUCUUAUCGUGCGUCGUAUGUUUGAAAUGAUAAGAUUUGUUUAACUGUGUCUUUCGACAAGGAACGUCCCCGGAACCACAAUUUAAAGACUAUUUUCUGAAGGUCACAAUGUAAAUAUAACAGACGACAUCAAGGGUAAAUAUUGGAUUUCUGUAACUAGCUUUUGUAUUGACGGAAAUUGCCAAGGAUGGAGAUAUGCAACGAGUUAGUAGUUAUCAUCGACAUUUUUAAUAUUAUUGUGCAUGUAUAAUUGUAACAUUGUGAUUUUAAGAAAAAAUUAAGAUACAUAAUAAUAUAUCUAAAUGAUA